GUUCGCUCUCGUCUUCCUGGAAGAAAAAAGCUUCUCAAAGUCUGAGGCCUCUUCUCUAGUUUAUACACUAUACUGUAUACAUAAAUAAUAUAAUACAUACAUAUACGGAGUGUAUGAUAAUAAUAACAAUAUUACUCGUAAUAUAUAGUGUGAGAAUAGGAUCAAACAUUCAAACGUAGCAGUGGGAGAAUACGGCACUAAAAUAAGGAUGUUUUCUGCAGGAAAUAUUUGUUCUGGUUAAAUGGUUUAUCAGAUUCUGGCCUGGGGAUAAGGAUUUUAUCAUUCUUGGAUUCAUAGGAGAGCAACUUUUUUCAAAAUUUAUAUCCUAUAAUGGGGUCUGUUCCGGCAGAGAGAAAAUUCAAGACACCACUAGGAAUACAGUUGUUUAAGUGCCUAAAGAAGUCGCCCAUCUCAUACCAAACAUAUCAAGCCAUUGUUCUAAUAGUAACGUUUCUGGCAUACGCGGCGUACCAUGCUACUAGAAAAACUACCAGCAUUGUCAAAAGCGCUCUUGAUCCUAAAUCAUCCGAUUUAGGCAUGAAAUCCCCACGGCUAAGAUGGGCGCUUGGGAAUGGUUGGUUUCCUUUUAACAGUAAAGAUGGAACGGAAUUGCUAGGGGAACUUGAUGUGGCAUUCCUCUUUGUAUAUGCACUAGGGAUGUAUUUCUCAGGGCACGUAGGUGAUAGGAUGAACCUUAGGAUAUUCUUAACAACAGGAAUGGUCGGAACUGGUCUGUUCACUGGACUUUUCGGCUUUGGGUAUUGGGCGAAUAUCCAUAACUUCUAUUACUAUUUGACCGUCCAAAUGCUGGCCGGGUUGUUCCAAUCCACGGGCUGGCCUUCGGUGGUUGCCGUUGUUGGAAAUUGGUUUGGGAAGAAGAAGAGAGGGCUUAUAAUGGGGAUUUGGAAUGCUCACACGUCAAUCGGGAACAUAACUGGGUCAUUGAUUGCAUCCGUUUUGUUGAAGUUCGGGUGGGGUUGGUCAUUGGUUAUUCCUGGGAUAUCUAUCACCUUCACUGGCUUACUUGUGUUUCUGUUAUUGCCCGUGGACCCCGAAUCGGUUGGGGCUAGUGAAGAUGAAGACAAUAUCCACUCCCUUGAAAAGGAAGAGAUGAAAGUAACACUACAACCUCUUCUGAGAUCAGAUGAAGUGGAGAACAAAUCGGCUGUGGGUUUUGUUGAAGCUUGGAAGAUCCCAGGGGUUGCACCUUUUGCCCUUUGCCUCUUCUUUGCAAAAUUGGUGGCCUAUACUUUCCUCUAUUGGCUUCCUUUCUAUAUUAGCCACACAGCUAUCGACGGGAGGUACUUAUCUAACGAGGAAUCGGGAAACUUGUCGACCUUAUUUGAUGUCGGAGGGGUGGUUGGUGGGAUCCUAGCCGGCUACAUUUCUGAUCACCUCAAUGCCAGAGCCAUUACAGCUGCAACCUUCAUAUACUGUUCCAUCCCAGCUCUCUUCUUGUACAGAAACUUUGGUGAUGUCUCCAUGUCCAUGAACAUUCUUCUGAUGUUGAUCACUG